UACAUGCUUGUCACGUUUUUAUUAUUGUAAAUUUUCAACAGACGUUAAAAAAUAGUGUUUAAAAGAUGAGUCUUUUUACCCGGAUAUUUCAAACUUCUAGAUGCCUAGGAAAGUUAACUCUCACAAGCGGAAGUCAAGGAAUCUUACAUUUCUCGGCAAAUCGCCUGCCGGCUCGAGUUCUUGACGUUCCUUGCAGAUCAUUCUCCAAGACCGAGCAUCGCUAUGAUUUGAUGGAAUUCUUUGAUGAUAAGAAAAAUUGGGGUGAAAAUGAAAUCAAACACGGUCGUUCCUGGAAAAAGGACGAGCUGAGAAUUAAAUCCAAUACGGAUCUUCACAAGCUUUGGUUUGUUUUGCUUAAAGAACGUAAUAUGCUUCUUACUAUGGAGCAUGAAUGUAACGAAAAAAUGGAACUAUUUCCCAAUCCAGAGCGGAUUGAUAAGGUGAAUGAAUCAAUGAAAAAUUUAGAAGAUGUUGUAAGGGAGCGCAAUCGAGCUUAUUACGAGCUGGAAACAGGUGAAACAGGUGAACGUCCGGGAGAAGUCGUUGAAAAUCAGCUGGGAUUGCGUUUCUAUUAUAAGAUGUUUGAACACGUUAUUCCAAAAUUCGCCAACAAAGCGUGGAAUGAAAAACAUAACUUUUCCUAUCGUGGUUCGGCAGUGAGAAAAUUCCUCAAACUCUACCGCGAAAAGUUGUACAACGUAAAGCGGAAGCAACGGAAUCGUGACCGCAACGAAGUUAUGAGUUUGCUGAAACGGUUUCCAAAUAUGGAUAGGAUUGCCAUCGCCGAAAAAUAUCCAUCAGUAGAUGUCGACAAGCUGAUGAAACAAAACAAAAUUCGAGGUAAUUGUGAUCCGUUGAAAGUAUAAAUAUCAAAAUAUUUUAUAAGCUA